AGCAGGCAUCACUGCAGCAUGCCCCUCGCUCCCCUGCUCUGUCUGCUGGCUUUGCUGCCCCUCCUGCUGCAAGGGUGUUUUCAACAGGCUUGCAUUGAAAACAUAACUGUACUGGAGGGAGAGAAUCUGGACCUAUACUGUGUUGUUGCUGGACACAACAGAUCUGCUCUGGAGUGGAAGAACCCUCUUGGGUUUGUCAUUUUCUUCAACACCUGGCGAGGUUUAAGAGAUCAGCGGUAUAAGCUUAUCCAUUAUUCAAAGGAUGACUUAUCUGUUCGCCUCUCCAAUGUCGCAGCACAUGAUGAAGGCCUAUACAUUUGCAUCCACUACAGUCAGCCAACCAGAAGGAAGCAGGUUAACGUCACUGUCUUAGCUGCUCCCUCCAAGCCUCUUCUGGAAGCAUCGAGGAUAACAGUUCACCAUAAAGAACAAAAGGUGGUCCUAAAGUGCUCCACCUGGGGCGCUAAGCCCCCGCCUCAGAUUACGUGGCUGCUGGAGAAUGGCAUGGAGCUCUUUGGUGAUACCAAACACCAGCUAGAAGACAAGAAAUGCAAUUCAACUAGCACCCUCACGGUCCGCGCAUACACCCAGAAGUCUGUUGUUACUUGCGUGAUUCGCCACAAAGCUCUCGCAGGAGGAAAUUUAACAGCAACUUUACACCUUGAACAUAUCAAGUCUACUACAGACUUCACCCCAACCACCCUUGAAGUUAGUGCAGUAACCUUGGAAAACCCUCAGCAUUAUACAGAGUCAGACAAAAUGUUAAAUAUUACAGAAGGAAGUUCUACUACACAAAUGCCAUUCACAAGCCCUGCAGCAGGAACUCUGGAUUCUAAUGCUACCAAUGAUUCAGAAAAAAUAUUAAAUGUAACAAAAGAAAAGUCUAGUAAGUCAACACUGUCCCCAAGCAAUGGAGCAGCAACUAUGAAUUCUAAUGCUACUACUGGAAAAAACCUUACCCAUGAAAUAAUUGUGAAGAAGACAGCAAGCCUUUUGUUCCCAAUCCUCGUGACGGUGUUACUUUCCACUCUCUUCAUCAUUGUCCUUCUUUUUGUGGUGAAACUGUGGAAGGCACACAGAAAAUGGAAGAAAGAAAAUGAUGUUUCGGAUCAGACCCUUGAAAGUAACAGAUCCCGGCCAAAUGAAGACAACCACGGACAGCAGAAGAAAACAAACUUGGUCCCUUGGAAGGCCAGCAAGAAAUAUGAAAUUAGAGGAUCAUGCAUGAGGACAUCAAAGAAUUCAGAGGAGAGUCAAGAUUCAUCAGUCUUUGAGAAACAGUUGCCCUACGUUAAAGAGACUGAUCUGUGACCAUCACUCCCUACUGAUAAUAUCGGACGAUGUACUGUAGAAUGGUGCUGGACAGCAUUCUCUAUUUAUCCUGGGGCUGCACUGUUCCGUGACAUUCCUUCAAAGUCAACAUUUUCAAGAGGGCUUCAGACCAGCAGAAGU